UCGGAUUGCUUCGUUGGGAGCCGCCCUACUCGGGCCGUUUUACGUUCCACUUCACGCGCCACCUCCACCAACACCGAGCCCUGUAACCAGUGCCUUCCAGGCGGUUCGUUACUGUCGACAAUUUGUUCGGCGGACAACUGAAGAUGCAUAUUCUCCAGCAAGCGUCUAGCUGGACCCCGCAUCACGCACUAUCCAACCUAACCGCUGCCGCGACUGAAGCAAGAGAAAUGGAGCUGAGCUAACGACAAGCGGAGCCAUGUGCGCGAUUGAGAGACAACUUGUGCGUCCUAGGAUUAGCGGCUGCAUUAUGAGCAGAGAUAAGUUCACAAACAUGCUACAGAAUCAUACGCGAACAAAUGGAGCUUACCAUGAGUGCCACGCAGGGUCCGACUGCAUGAUUGAAGAUCGCUCGUUUCUGGGGAACUAGGACAGCAGCAUGCUGAGUGCUUCACUCCUCCUUUCCUGUGUCAUACUUCUCGUGCGGUUUCGAGCCAGUAUCGUUUACAUCCAAGAGGAUUGCACCCCAAUGUUGAGUGCCAGAAGAUACGCCUUACCGACGGCACUUGCCCAACGAAUACCUGAUCAGAGAACGAACAUGGCGAAAAGCGACAGGUUUUGCAAAAUUGAUUGGCUGACACAAGCUACACAUCUACCAACUGGACUUGCGUGCAUUAUGCAGUCGCGUGUGCACUGGUCGGAAGUCCGGUCGCUAUCCACAGUCGGAUGUACAGAAUACGCGCAAGGCAGAAGAAUUAACGUUGAUCCGCCGCAGGCGACCAGGAGCGCCGACCCCAGUUUUGAUGGACUGGAUGUGGCUAGCGCAAGGCGGGAGAGCAGCACGUUCCUGCACCACAGUUCAGGGUCAUCUUACCGUCUCUGCAGGGUCAGAAUCAGCGCUCCGACUCCGACAUCUUGGACAUGGUGGCUCAUUGUUGGACCAGUCGUGUAACCGCUACACGACGCGUAUACGGCAUUCUGACGGGAACAGUGGAUACGCAAUCUCGCAAGGCAAUGCUGGCAACGCUGCGUACACAGGCGCGAGAAGCGUAUGUGAGACUGGAUCAGGAGCAUCCGGCCGUUACCGGACGUGUUGCUUUUGGGACUCAGCCGAGCCAACCAGUCGUGAUGCUGAGGCACGGCCACAUGUUUCAGAGUUCGAUUGAUGAGAGUUUGUGCGCGCUGGCGCCUUUGGUACACGAUGUGACGGUUCGUGCCGUUGCGACUUCGGGAGGCUGUCUGAAAGUUAUCAUGCGUUUCGGAGCUGCCAUGGUCACUGUUGCUUAUAGUCGAGGCAGGGACUGUCUGUACGAAGCACUGGUACUGAGCUGGUCGCCGCGUCGUUCGUUGAAGGUUCAUCAGAUGUUCAGCACGUUCCCAUUCUAGUAGCCAUGGUGUGU